GCUAGUCAACGGGUGGGAAUACAAUGACGAACGCAAAGAACACAUCCACAAGCGCUGGACCAUCUGCCCCCGGGGAGGGAUGACCUGUACAGCAACCUACUCCUCAGUAUAUGCACGCAAAGGAAGCACCAUGGUUUUUGGACUUCGUUGUUCAGGGGGACCUUUUUGGGCCAGCUGUUUUCAUGCGACCCACUUGCGUUACAGACGCUGGGGGAGCGGUCAACGUUGUUCCUCUCGGUACUGUUGUCUCGUGCGCGAAGACUCCUGAAGGUUUGCUCAAGCUGCACACUAACGGCUUGUACGACGAGUGCAGACUGCCUAUCAGAGGUGUUAAAAGUGUGCUGGUGACCAUCAAGAGUUUCCCGGGGUACGACUCGAACAUGCCGUUGUGCUCUCACUUCAAAGGCCUUAACGAUGGCGGCAGUAAGCGUCUUCCAUCGCCAGAGCAAUAUCUCGAUCUCGCGCUGAUGGUGCCGAAAGAAUGUCCGGUUGUUCCGCGAGAUCAUGUUUUCCGGCUUCUGCCACCCCAUGAGGGGUCGUCCGGCUUGGCUCAAGAAACUCCAGGUACGGCAGUGGGGCGCGGGAGUCCGAUUCAAGACGCUGGGGGUCGGGUCAAGGGACGCAGCGUUCACACGCAGGUCGGCCCGGAUGCUCCUAGGAACACGUCGGACUUGCAUUCUCAGGGUACAGGGACUCAACGGGUCGGUACUCCGAAACUUAUCAAGGUCCGAUGCGGCGGCGACACGUAUUCGCUUCGAGAUGAGACGAGAAGAGAUUCAAGCAGAUCGGGGCUAGAUGUCGGGGGGAAUGAGGCUGAAGGGAUGGGCGCUGUCCGCGAAAGCUCUGGCAGGGAGCAGACUCCUUCGGAGAAGAAGAGCGAGCGACAGAGGAUGGUGCGAGAGGAGGUGGCGGAAGGAACCCUCCGCAUGAAGAGGAUGAGAGGAAAACCGGAGGCGGUGAUGGGCGGGGAUGGAGGUGACGACGGAGAACGUGCCUCAGGAAAGAGGCCGACGAAGGAAGAGGGUGGGACGGCAAGUAAGAAAGCGAGGAGGCCCGGCGGUUUGACCAUCCGCGAAGGACAAGCCGUGGGUGGAGGAGAUUCGGCUGAUCCAAGCGCUGCGGCCGCGAGAGAACCUUUGGGGAAAUCAAAACGGAAAGUGGCAGCUGAAGAAGGCGAUGACCAGAAGAAACCUCGAAGGCGGAAGACUGCUGAGGCGGCGAGCGGGGGCGAACGGCCUGUCGGUGAGGAGUGCGACGAAGCGGCAGCGUUCUGGCUCGAAUACGAGCGGAACGAUGGGGGUGAGAUCGUGGAGAAGGAGCUCCCCGUCCAACUGCUCAUCGACCCCAGGAAGGUCUGCGACAUCCCGUCUUGGGAAAGAUAUUACAACCACCGCAGUCUAAAUCGGGAAACUGUGGACGACAUCAAGGCUGCGAUGCUGAGUCAAUACCGCGAGAAAAGGGGGAAGAUCUGGACGAAAAACCCUUUGGUUCUGGCACCCAUCUACAAGCCGGUGACGCGUAGGCCGGAGAUAGCUAACAGGGUUCACAAAGAUGACUUCAAGCUGGAGGACAAGGACAAGUACUACUAUUACCCUAUUAACGGACAACACACCGUGGCUACUAUGAAGGAGUUGGAGGGUGAGCCAAUAUUCGAUUUGUGGAAGAUGCACUCCUGGCCGGCGAGAGUAGUGUGGUUCUCCGACCGAGAUUUCGCGGGGUAUAGGCAGGUCAGUCUCAACGAGAACACGAGACACAAGAUGUCUAAGCAGCGAUCGCAGAAGGCCGCGUUCUUGGACAUGCGGGAGGCAUGGGAGAAAGAAGGAAGGCCGAUGGCCAUUCAAGGGAACCCUUUCGGGAAGGAGGCCGAAAAACAAAAGUUUUUCGAAUUCCAGAAGCUGCUUUUGGGAAAGAGUCCGAACGAAGCUCACUGGACGUUGGCAAAAAAAGAUUUGUCGCUCGCCGACAAGGAUUAUGUCGCUGCCGUUGGCAAUGCAUUGAGGCAGUGGAUGCCGGUCGUGACGGCCGGUGAUGACGUUUUUCGCAAAGCCAUGGAGUUCUACGCGAAAUGGGCGGAGGGAAAGUUGUUGGGCGGCGACGGCAAAACGCCAUUGUCGAGGCCGGAUAAAUACAUGCCAGACAAAUCUCCGGGUCUGCAAGCAAUUCCUGAAAUUGGCAUGAAAGGGACGGCUGGUGAAACGAAGAUGGGGUGGCUGGUCCGGGUCCCGCCGCCUCCGACCAAAAAGAAAACGCAAGCGGACGACAAGUUUUUCGUUGUCGUAAAGGAGCCAAACAUGUUCUGUUGGCAGUCUCUCGCCGACAUGACCGAUGUCGAGAAACUGUCGAUCCUCGACGACAUUCUCGCACUACGGGGAGUGUUCGUGCAAUCCGCGGGCGGCCAUCUGAAGCGUCAGCAUAAACCUGGAAUUAAAGAAAUGCUCGCGACGAGGAAAGUGGACCGUGUGAUGCUCCGUAUGUUCCACUACAUCUUGUUCCUUGAAACGAAGGAGAACGAACGUGUUUGGCGCCACGGGAGCCCAUUUUUUCGGACCGAGGGGAAGCUUCUGGAGGAGUUCGGGCCGCAGGGCCUCACGAAACAGGUGUGGGUCGAAAUGCGAAAGCAUUUCCAGGGCGCGGUGGAGUACGUGAACACUUGCAAACGUACUCUUCCGCACGAGAAGGAGUCCAUCGACGACGUGAAGAGAUUGUAUGAUGAUGACAGGUUCCCUAAAUCUUUCGAAAAGUCUGUCCGUUCCAGCUUGCGACGGACGGAAGAAGAAGUUCGAGACACGAUCAGGGUCAGCGGGGAUGUGAGGGACAUCAAAUGACCCGACCUCAAGCGGGUGACCAGCCUUAUUCCUUUCGCUUUCCCGCCUUCCCAAGCUCACAGUC